AUGGGUGUCUGUGCCAGUUGUUGCGGUGGUGGUACGUCCUCUGGCUGGCGGGUGACUCGUUGCUCGUUGCUUGUUGCUCGUGGCUCGUUGCUCGUGCCUCAUCGCUGCCACCCAAGCGUCCGCCGGUCGGUCUCCUCGCUUGCAAUCUGACCUCCUGCUCUUCCUCAUCUUGCAUCUUUGCAUGUGUCUCCCCUGCACUCCCCGCCCACGAUCGAUCAUCGCGCACGCUAUCGCCUCGCCGCCUCGCCGCCGCCAUCGCGCCUGACCCGUAAUCGGAUCCGUGCGUAUACCGCAUACGCCGCGCCGAUCCCUCAUCUCUCGUCAUCCACGAUCGACGAACCGUAUUCACCGUCCACUCACCACCGCCGAGCAACCCCCACCAGGCGGCAAGUCCAACGCCGCGUACGAACCUUUGCUGUUGGAGAACGAGCGCGAGGCCGUCGCCGAUCUGCUGCAGUAUCUCGAGAGUGAGCACACCGCGGUCACCUUGCCGAUCACCACCCCCCACUGGGCCACUGACAUUGAGUCAUCUCUGCCAUCUACUCAUGGCGUGCUUGCGCGCACACACACCUGCGCGUCCCCGAUCCGCUCCCGGCUCCCGGCUCCCGGCUCCCUCCUCCCACCGCCAGACCGAUCCGACACCAACUUCUUCGCCGGAGAACCCCUGCGUGCGCUCUCGACCUUGAGCUACAGCGAAAAUGUUGAUCUGCAGCGGAGCGCCGCGCUCGCCUUUGCCGAGAUCACAGAAAAGGUACGCCGCUUGGAUCGCGCACUCGCGUAAUCGUCGGUCUCCAUGCUCACACGCGAAUGACUUUUUCACGGCAACCCAAAAGGACGUGCGAGAAGUGUCGCGCGAGACGCUGGAACCGAUCCUCUUCCUUUUGCAGUCCCACGAUAUCGAAGUACAGCGUGCCGCCAGUGCCGCCCUUGGUAACCUUGGUGUCAACUGUCGGUCUUUCAACCUCGGUGGCGCGCUCUCCCCGAACCACGUCGCUGACGAGUUCCUAUCCGAUGACAACGUAGCCGAAAACAAGGUCACCAUCGUCAGACUGGGCGGACUGGAACCUUUGAUUCGUCAGAUGCUCUCCCCCAGCGUCGAGGUGCAGUGCAACGCCGUCGGGUGCAUCACCAACCUCGCCACCCACGGUGCGUCUCCUCUUUUUUUUCCGUUCUGGAUCUCAAUUCACAGCCCGCUCACCGCUCUGCAUGAUCUCUGCACAGAUGAAAACAAAAACAAAAUCGCCAACUCGGGCGCGCUCGUCCCCUUAACUCGCUUGGCUCGCUCAAAGGACAUGCGGGUACAACGUAACGCGACGGGUGCCUUGCUCAACAUGACUCACUCGGGUGCGUCGCCGAACGGGCCUGAACGGCGCCAUCUUCGUCGAGACUGAUCCCUCCAGGCCCGGCUUUGAACAGAUGAGAACCGAUUGCAGCUCGUCAAUGCGGGCGCGAUCCCCGUGCUCGUCAACUUGCUAUCGAGCCCCGACACCGACGUCGAGUACUAUUGCACCACCGCCCUCAGCAACAUUGCCGUUGAUGGUCAGUCCGAUCGCCGAGUGGGAUUGAGAGAGUUACCGUGAGCUGAUCAAAGUUUUACAUCACAGCUGCAAACCGCAAAAAGCUGGCCCAGUCGGAACCUAAACUCGUAACGAGCCUGAUCAGCCUCAUGGACUCGCCGAGCCUCAAGGUGCAAUGCCAGGCCGCUUUGGCUCUGCGGAAUCUCGCGUCCGAUGGUGGGUUCGCGAGCUUGCUGCUGUGACCGAGCCGAAUCGCCAACGGACUCACUCGUUCUGUUCGCUGUCUUCGUUCCGCAGACAAAUACCAACUCGAAAUCGUCAAGAACGGCGGUUUGCCCGCGCUCCUCCGUCUACUCCGUUCCUCCUUCCUCCCCCUCAUCCUCUCUGCCGCCGCUUGCGUGCGAAACGUUUCGAUCCACCCCCUUAACGAAGCACCCAUCAUCGAAUCCGGGUUCCUCUCCCCGCUCAUCGAUCUCCUCGCGUACGACGAGAACGAAGAGAUCCAAUGCCACGCCAUCAGCACCUUGCGCAACUUGGCUGCCAGUAGCGAAAGUAAUAAGAGGGCCAUCGUUGAAGCGGGCGCGGCGGAGAGGAUCAAGGAAUUGGUGUUGCAUGUACCGGUGGCGGUGCAGAGUGAGAUGACGGCUUGUGCGGCCGUGUUGGGUCUGAGUGGUACAUUCGACGCGGCGGCGGAAGAAGCCAAGGUGGUCGCCUUUCGAGACUGGGGGUGAUGUACUGAUUUGGUCUGUUGCGCUACAUAUCAUCCGUACAGAGGACAUCAAGAGCGAGUUGUUGGACAUGGGCAUUUGCGAAGUGUUGAUCCCUUUGACCGCCUCGCCGAGCGUCGAAGUUCAAGGCAACAGCGCCGCUGCUCUCGGUAACCUUUCUUCCAAAAGUGAGUCUGCGGAAGCCGAGUGGAAGCUUGGAACCGCUCAAUCUCUGACCCGGCCCUUUUGGUGUUGAACCGCUCGCAGCGGACGACUAUUCGGCGUUUAGCGCGGUGUGGAACGAACCCGAGGGUGGGUUGCAUGGGUACCUCGUGCGUUUCCUCGAGAGUCAGGACACGACGUUCCAACAUAUCGCUAUUUGGACAUUGGUGCAAUUACUUGAAUCGGGUGGUGAGUAGCCCCUCGACUUCUCCACCAGACGGGCCAGACGAAGGAUGCUGAUGAAGUUUGGGGGGUGAACCAGACAUGACGCUCGAAUCACAAAUUCGCGCCUCGAAAGACCUCAUCCCUCUCGCCACGCGUUUAUCCACCUUGUCGUCCGAAUCGUCUUUGCACGAUGCGGGCAGGGCCGGAACGGAUGCUUCAGAGGACGAUGAGGAAGGUCAGGAUGGUGGGGAGAGUGAGAUUCGGGUGUUGGCGCGUACGGUGUUGGAUUUGUUGGAGGGGUGA